GUAUCGCUUGACUGGGGGUUUUUAGGGAGCACGAAUAUGCUUCAAGCACUUUGUCUUCGUUCAUGAGUGAGGUCAGACUUACAACAGGUGUUAAAAUGCUCUCGCAACUGAAGACUGAAAGCCGCCGGUUGGAUGGCAAGCGCCCGAAGGAGUUGAUGUCCUCAUCGAGCCUAUCCGGGAUGUCUCAACUAUCGAACAGCAGUGAAGAGGCCCUGGAGCCCUUCGUCACCCACAAGCCCGAGAAUGCCGAGAGUGCACCCAAAGAGAACAGUGCAAAAGGAAACGAGUGGUUGGUGAACGGCCCCAGUGGCAGCAAAGCCCCCGUUCUCAGGUUCAAGUGUUCAGCCCUGGCAACUCCCCCCGAAGAUCCCCCAGCUAAGCAACUCCACAUGACCUAUAAAAUCAUCCAGGCUGACACAAAGCUGAUGACACUACUCCUCCAGUGCCACGGACUAUCCGAGGUUUCGGUCAACGAUGCCGACUUCAACCUUCUGUGGAUGGGAAGCCACCCGAAACCGGACGUUCUGAGGAGCCUAGCACCGUUCCAAAAAAUUAAUCACUUCCCGAGAUCCUACGAGAUAACCCGAAAAGACCGCCUCUACAAGAACAUCGAGGCAAUGCAACGAAGCAAAGGUCUCCGUAAUCUGGACUUCAUCCCCCAGACAUUUUUACUCCCCAGUGAAUCCCGUGAGCUGCUGACCGCACACUUCAGGUACCGGGGGCCCUGGAUCGUAAAACCAAAAGCGAGCUCCCGUGGUCGUGGCAUCUACAUCGUCAACAGCCCAGAGAAGAUAUUCACUGAGGAAUCAGUCAUUGUGGCGCAGUACAUCAACAAUCCCCUGUUGGUAGAUGGCCACAAGUGCGAUCUACGUCUCUACGUUGCUGUCACAAACUACGAUCCACUGCUCAUUUAUCUGUAUGAGGAGGGAUUAGUCAGAUUCGCUACAGUCAAGUAUGAGGGUGGCAAUCAGUAUGUCUGGAAUCCCUGCAUGCACCUGUGUAAUUACAGCAUCAACAAGUUUCAUGUUGAUUAUGUCAAGAGUGAAGAUCCGGACGCUGAAGACGUGGGUCACAAAUGGACCCUCUCGGCCCUCCUUCGUCACCUCCGUUCAAUGGGUCAGGACACAGAGCUCCUGAUGCAGAGAAUCGAGGAUAUAAUAAUAAAAUCCAUCCUGGCGACAGCCUCUGGAAUCGUUAGUGGAGUGAAGCAGUUCGUAAAACAUCCGGAAACGUGUUUCGAGCUCUACGGUUUCGACAUUCUCAUAGACGACACCCUGAAGCCCUGGCUGCUGGAGGUCAACCUGACGCCGUCCCUGGGCUGUGACUCUCCCCUGGACGUUCGAUUGAAAUCCGCCCUGAUGGCGGAUCUGCUGACCCUAGUGGGUCUCCCAGCAGUGGAUCCAAUUCUCAGACCCCAGAACUCCCAGAGCAGACCCCUGGGGAAUCCCUCCAAGAGGCUAGCUAGUCACAGAAGAGUCAAUUCAGCUGAGGGUCUCAAUACCAAGAAGCGGAGCCCUGUGAAGCCCUCCAACAGGUCUGGCCUCAGUUCGGAGCAACUGAGGAUCGUGGCGUCAGCGAAGGCCCAGUUCGAGAGGCGUGGGGGCUUCGUCAGGAUCUUCCCGAGUCCAAAGUCAUGGGAAAUGUACUCGCAAUACCUGGAUCCAGUCACGGGGAUUCCUGUGGUGACAGAUCCCCUGGGACCUGGCAGAGUCCCUCAGGGGGUCAAUACUAAUUACAAUCUGAUGCUGCAUGAACAGUUGUUUCCAGCUGCCAGCAGAACCACUGGGUUCUCAGUGCCUGAGGUGACCUUGGACAGAUUGUCGAGGUAUGAGAGGUACGAGAGAGCACUGGUUAGAGGACACAAACAGAGUCUAGAUCGGGGGGAUAGCAAGGAGAAUAUUGAUGUGGAUACGCAUAAGUAUAAGGACCAAGUCACUCAGAUGAUGCAAGAGGGAAACAAGCUCAGUCCCGGAGAGGCGAGAAAAGCCUUCGGUCUGUACUUAGGAUGUAUUCUACGUAAAAUAUCCCAACCAAGUGCUGAUUCUGUCUGCUGUGACCUCGUCAUGAAGUUUCUGCAGCAGUCCUCCAGUAAUUUACGAACGCCAUUCCUCUUCACUAUACCGAGUAACAAGUUGAGCGACAAGGAUCGUGCAGCCAUCACUGCCAAGCAGCUGUCUGAUUUUUUGCAUCUGUAUAAUCGUGAAACUGAUCUUUAUGCCGAUACUGUUGACAGACCUAGGACUGUACCCAAUAGAUUAUUUCAGAAAUUUCUGACCUGUGCGAGUGAAGAGGACCUCGACGACGUUCUGAUCCUCCAAACAAAGCUCUACAACUGCGCCCACAGUUUCCUGGGAAGAAGUGGCUUCGCAGGGAACCUCCGAGGGAGCAAUCUCCUGGGUUCCCUGCCCCAGAUAACGUCCCGAGUCCACUCAAAUGCAGCGACCUCAGAGCAGUGCAAGUGCACCCAGCCGAACAGUAGACCAAGUAAAGCGCCUCGCACGUAAAAAAAUCCUAGGGCCCUGUUAACUUCAUCCCCUCGAUAAUUAGCUGAUAAUUUUAGGAGUAAGUUUAUUGAUCGGAGGAUACGGUUGAACCGUCCACACUCGAUUACCUCGUCAAUCAGGGCUAAUUAAGAGUUGAAGCCAACAACGACAGCAAGGCCUAGAUGUCAAGCACGUUGACAUCGACAAUCUUUGGGAAUAUUUUAAGCUGAAUUAUUCAUUUACAUUUUCACAAUUUUUUCGUGUGGUGCUAGUUUCGAAUCGAUGUUUUUUAAGAAUCCUAGGUACUAAUUGCUAAUUAAAUUCAGUAAUUAUUUGAUUGUUAAUGAAGUAGUGGAGUGGUACAACAGUUGGAACGAAUAGACUCCACUUUUUACUCAGAAAAAGUCGAGUAAAAUCAUUCUGCACCACUGAAUUGUUAAUAAAACAAAGAACAUUUUGAGAAAUUAACAAAUUGCACAAAGUAGUUGUCGGCCUAAUGAUUUGUGUUUUGUAAAAAUAAUUAUGUGGCCUAGUUUCGAUGGUGCUUAAGCUCUGGCUAUCUAUCAGUCAUGUUUAUAAUCAACCAAUUCACUUCCAUUGUAGUCUGUUCUAUUUUUAUUUAUUUUUUAUUCUGUUGUUCUGUGGAUAAUCAACACCUAGUCAUGAGCAGAAGUGAUCAAUGUGAUUGAGGUACGGGAGAUAAUUUAUUGUACUGAUUAAUUAUCGCUUGAUUAUAUUUUUGAGAAAACACAGAACAUGUUGAUAUAGUAUUUUUGUGCUGUGAUACGAGAGUUUUUCAUGAACAACUGCGCUGAGAAUUAGAUAAUCCUAGGGAUAACUGCACGUUUGUUUGGAUUCAAUAGCACGAUUUUGAUAUUAUUUAUUUGAAGAAAAACAUCUAGGGCUUUUUAUUUCUUUUUUUUUUAAUAUCGUUUUAUACUUUUGUUAAUUUUUUUUAUUUAAUCGGAGACUUUACGUGCACGUUAUCAUGAUUUUAACAAUCGGAUGCUCUUUGUAUUUAGUGUUGUCGCACAAUAUUUAUUCAUUUUAGCAAUUAUGAGGGAGAAAGGAGCGAAAAUUUAAUGAGUGGGAAUUAAUACAGUUUUUUUAGCAGUUAAUUAUUCAGAAGGAAGAUUGUGGGGGUGAUGGACGAAAACAGCUCAGCAAUUUUGUAAUUCAAUAAUGAACAAUCCUCCCCUAUACUGCCUCUACUUAAUAAAAUUUAAUGAUUGAUGAAAUUCAACGAUAUGUGGCAAAUUUAUCGCAUUCACUCGGCUUCUGUGCAGUCAGAGUUGUCCUUCAUUCCCAGAUGAAUCAAUGAGAAAGUAGAAAAUUUCGAAUUUAAUGAAGACAUGUGUAAAAAUGAACAUUGAAAUGAUUUUGUUAAUAAAAGAAUGCAGCUGAA